AUGCAAGCAAGCGGGAAGCCACACGCCGACGCGGGGCCGGUCCUCGCUGACUGGAGCGGCGUCGCUACUUGGAAGCGCGGCUUCCUCGACGCCGCAGCGACCCGCGGCCUCCACAAGUACUACACUGUCCGAGACUACGCAGACCCCGUGACCAUCUCGCCGGCCCGACGCGCUGAGUUUCACGCGGCCGCCGAGAUCGCGGUGCCGCCCGUGCCGCACGACUUGUCAUCCGCCGAGUUUCGCGACGCUCUGCUGGCGCGCACGCACGCGAUCAUUGCGUACGUGUAUCACGCUAUGUCGACCGAGGCAGCGGCAGUUGAAGCGCGCACCAUGGCGGCGGCCGUGGCCUUUUUGCUCUCGGCGCUCUCGCCCCACCUCCACGGCAAGCUCGGCAUGUGCAGGUCGCCGUACGAACUCUGGGCCAGCGUGCACGCCAAGGGCUUCGAGCUCAUGGACGACUGCCGCCUCUUUGGGCUUCUCGAAAACGUGCGUUUGGCCGCCAACGACGAGCUGCCCGACGGCCUCGCACGCGUCGAGGAGCACAUCCAGCGCUUCGUCGACGUCAUCUUUGUACCGAGUCAUGGCCUUGACGCGCGACUUGUGGCGGCGGCCGAUCGUUUGAAGAUGGCGCUGCUCUGCAACGCGUGCCCACCGGCCAUGGCCAACAUCUUUGAAGCUUGGCGCGCCGACGAACCCGUGUGGAACUACGCGUCGAUGCGGCUCACAGCAUCUCGGCUUCGCGACCAAUGA